ACUUGUUUACAUUUUGGAGCACGCUGCCCACUUUUCUCAGCAGCAGAGUAGCGCGUGUGUUAGUUGAGGGCUGCGUCUGGGGUGUCAGCUGUUGAGGCGGUGCCGUGCGCCGUGCUUUCUCUGCACCGGACGGUACUUGCCGUUCGCCUGCUGGCGUAGGCCUGAGCAGCCGCCGCCGCGCUAUCCCUGCACCGGACGGUACCUGCCGGUCAUCUGCCGCCGUGGGCCUGAGCAGCCGUCGCGCCGCGCCGCCGGCCUCGUCAUGGGCACCUUCCUGGACAAGCCCAAGACGGACAAGCACACGGAGUCGGGUGCUGGCAACGGACUGCGCUUCGCACUGGCCUCUGAGCAGGGAUGGCGCACCGAGAUGGAGGACGCGCACAGCGCCGUGACGGGCGUCAGCGAGCAGCUGCCCGAGUGGUCGUUCUUCGCUGUGUUUGACGGCCACGCCGGCUCCAAAGUGUCGGCGUUCUGUGCUGAGACAAUGCUCGCGCACAUCCUGCAGAGCGAGGAGCUGCAGCCGGAGCGGCUGCGCCGGCUGGCGGCCGACGAGCCGGCGCUGGCCGACAGCGUGCGCGCCGGCCUCGUGUCCGGCUUCCUGCGGCUCGAUGACGACAUGCGCGGCGAGCUCGACGUCGAGACGGACAAGUCGGGCUCGACGGCCGUCUGCGCGCUGGUCUCGCCCACGCACGUGUUCGUCGCCAACUGCGGCGACUCGCGUGCGCUCAUGUGCCGCCGCGGCCAGAUCGCGUUCAGCACCACCGACCACAAGCCGAUGAACCCGGCCGAGCGAGAGCGGAUCGAACGCGCUGGCGGCAACGUCAUGAUCCAGCGCGUCAACGGCUCGCUGGCCGUCUCGCGCGCGCUCGGCGACUACGACUACAAGAACGUGCACGGCAAGGGACAGUGUGAGCAGCUGGUGUCGCCCGAGCCAGAGGUGUACGUCGAGAAGCGGCAGCCCGACGACGAGUUCCUCGUGCUGGCUUGCGACGGCGUCUGGGACGUGUUCGAUAACGCAGACUUGUGCCACUUCGUGCGCUCGCGGUUAAGGGUGACGGACAAGCUGGACGACGUGGCCAACCAGGUGCUCGACACGUGUUUCUACAAGGGCAGCAAGGACAACAUGAGUACGGUGUUGAUCGCGUUCCCGGGCGCGCCCAAAGUGGACCCGGCGGCCGCCGCCCGAGAGGAGGCCAUGAAAAACAACCUGGCCAGGGCCAUCGAAGAGUACCUGCGGGAGGUGGAGCCGGUGGAGGCGCCGCAGCCUGCCGACGCCACAGACGCGCCCGGCGACAAGGAAAGAGGCGCCGAGGACGCGCUGCAUGAGGACGAGGGCCCGCGCGUCAACAUGCCCGAGCUUUUGGCCUUCCUGGAGGAGAAGAAGAUCGCCGACCUGCCCGAGGGCGGCGGCCUGGCUGCCAUGCGGAAGUACGUUGAGGACGUCGUUACGAUAGCAACCAAAAAGCGGCCAGCUGUCUCUCCCGAAUGACCGCCGGCACCGGAGCGAGACACGUGCGCACACUACACAACACAAAACGAGCCUCUUCCGUCCCCGCAGUGCUCUGCCAGCCACCUGGCGUGAUCGCUGUAAGCAAAACUUCUGGCGCCAACCACGAGGGCGCUCUGAGGGCCGCAGGCACCAAUUGCUAUCUGUGUGUGGAGAAUCGUUAUUUUAAUGCUAUCCUGCGGAGGUAUCGACCGUAUGGCGGCCCAUGUAUAGACACACACCGACCUCUGUUUGCCAAAAUUUUAGUCUAGUUUCGCUGCGCGGCUGCCCGGUCGUACUGGAGCGGUGUGUGUGGGUGGACGGAGCACACCGGGGGUCGGUGGCGUCCCUCCGCCCCCCUGCAAUUGCCCUUCCCGCUGUCGAGUGCUGUUGAACUAAUUGAGUGGCUUGCGUGCGUGCGCGCGCGCGCGCGGCGGCCGCGGCCGUGACCGGCCGGUGACAUGCGCCCCCCGGGACCGGACGGCCGCGGGGCUCGGCCGGUCGGAGGACCUCGGGGCGCUGACGGGCGCCGGUCGGGCCUGCCCAAUCGCCGGCCAUGACGAUGUGCAACCUGAUUUGUGACCGAUAAUUUAGCUUUUUGCUUCAAUGGUAGUGAUAUUUUAGCCUUUGUCGUGAUCCAGGAUCGGUUAUGUUUUGGCCAGACGACUCUGUCGUUUUUAUCCUCUUUGUGUGUGAUUGCCGCCGAAAAUAUAUGUGUACCGGAAAUUUGUGUCCCGCUUUGUUUUACGUGAGGUAAUAAAAGCCCGUAGUG